GAAGACCGAAGCAUCCAGACAUCAACUGACUUCUCCUCCCAACCUAACCAACAGCCCAACUCCCAAAGUCAUGGCUUGCUGUGUUGCCCGCUGCUGCAGCGUCCCCACCGGCCCUGCCACCACCAUCUGCUCCUCUGACAAGUCCUGCCGCUGUGGAGUCUGCCUGCCCAGCACCUGCCCACAUGAGAUCAGCCUCCUGCAGCCCACCUGCUGUGACCCCUGCCCCCCACCCUGCUGCCAACCUGAAGUGUACGUGCCAACCUGCUGGCUGCUCAACUCUUGCCACCCAACUCCCGGCCUGAGUGGCAUCAACCUGACCACCUAUGUCCAGCCUGGCUGUGAGAGUCCCUGUGAGCCCUGCUGUUAACCCAGUCAAGUCUGUUUCCCAGGUUCAGUGUCCCAGCUGGCUGCUCAGCAUCCUCGUGAUCACCUGUCGGCCAGCAACUGCUUCUGCCUCUAUCAAAGUUUAAACAACCCUAAGGCCCAGGGGCAGGGGCCAUGAACCUGCUCAAGUUCCUAAUGCUGUGUUCCUCUAGGCGCUGAUGGACUCAGUCUCUCUUAUACGUUCUAUCACUGCUUUUUUGAGAGAAAAUCAUUUGGACUAUUCAUUAAUAAAGUUCAUUCUGGCUUAGCA